AUGGCCAAGAAACUCCAUUACUUCGACCUGAACGGGUUCGCCGAGCCCAUUAGGUACUUGCUCCACUAUGGGGGUCAAAAGUUCGAAGACAUAAGAUACGACAUAAAGUCAUGGCCCGACAAGAAGAUCAAAGACUCGCUGCCGUAUGGCCAGCUGCCAUUGUACGAAGAAGGCGGCAUGAAACUUUCACAAUCUGUAGCCAUUGCCCGUUACAUUGCCCAGAAAGUCAACCUUCUGCCCAACGAUCCUUGGGAGCAGGCCAUGUUGGACAGUGCCGUACUCGCAAUGUACGACGUUUGGUUAAAAAUCGUUACUUUCCUCAAGGAACAGGAUCCCGCCAAAAAAGCGACAAUUAAGAAGGAACUCAUCGAUGAAACUCUUGACUUCUACUUUUCUCGAUUUGAGAAGCAACUGAAGGAGAACAAGGGAUUCUUCAAUGGGAAGCUGACAUGGACCGACUUUGUUCUUGUUGGAAUCGUGGAGGCUGCUAAUUUGAUACUCCAAGUUGAUAUCAACAAGAAGUACGCCAACGUGGAUCAACUCAUGAAGAAGAUCGUCACCCUGCCGGGAGUGAAGGAAUACGUCGCAUCCAGAAAACCAUACGUUGUG